UCUAAUGUCUCCCAGAUGGAGUACACCGUAGAGAGAGAAAUGGCGCCGUGUUCCUUGUUGCGUUUCGGCCGUUGGAUUUCCCGGUUCAAAUUCCCGUACUCUCAGGCCAAUCCAUUUUCCUCUCUUUCACCUUUCUCCUCCUCCGCCGGACUCCGCGAUGCCGAUUCUGCUGCUCCUGGAGGUCCGCCACCUAUACGAGUCUCGCUCACCGAUUCAGCCGGUCGAGGUGUUUUCGCCACUCGAAAGAUCGGCGCCGGAGAACUCAUACACACAGCCAAACCACUCGUUGCACAUCCUUCACCAUCUUCUAUUCACUAUGUGUGCUAUUUCUGCUUGCGGAAACUGGAGAGAAAUGCUAACGUCGACUCCGAUGCUCGUGCAUCAUUCUGCAGUGAAGAGUGUGAGCAACAUUCCAAGGUUUUCCACGAUGUUGAAAUGGAAGCAGACUGGUCAGACUACGACAAUUAUUGCAGGGAGCGAGGGUUAAAAUAUCCUCUUUUGGUGAAGCGAUUAGCUUGUAUGGUCAUAUCUGGAGCUGUCUCUUCUGACCUUCUUGACAUACUUCAACCUUCUCGUUUGUCUACUGAUAUGGUUUUGGAGUUAGAAGAAGGAUACAACUUGCUGAGGAAAGCCUUGAUCAACAAAAACAUCACAAAUGGACGGAUGCUUUUUUUAACUCAAGAAUGGUAUACUGGAGUUCUCGCACGAAUUCGUAUCAAUGCCUUUCGAAUCGAGUUGGCUGGAGGGUAUGAAGAUCUUCAUUCUCUUGCAGCAGCCUGUGUCGAAGCUGAAGCUGCCGUUGGGAAUGCUGUUUACAUGCUACCAUCUUUCUAUAAUCAUGACUGUGAUCCAAAUACACACAUUAUAUGGAUAAAUAAUGCAAAUGCGAGAUUGAAGGCCCUCCGUGACGUUGAUCCUGAUGAAGAGCUUCGGAUUUGCUACAUUGAUGCAAGUAUGGACUAUGACGCUCGUCGAACUCUGCUGCACCGAGGGUUUGGUUUUAUUUGCAACUGUGCACGGUGUUCGUCUGGUGAUUAAGGUAUUAAUCCAUAUGGUUGUAGAUGUGGCCAUAAAUCAACCUUAUUGGUGAUUCUGUUAUGGCUUGGCUUCUCCUGGUGGCCUAUGGGAAAGGACCAAAGCCUCCAAUAUCUGAAAUUUGCGAACAUUUUUUAGAUGUGAAUGGAACAGAAGGUAGAAAUGUUAUCCUUUCAAAUAAUUCUUAUUGAGUGUGUUGUUCUAUGAUUGCUAAUUAAUGUUAGUUUUCGACGAUAUACAAAAAUGGGAAGUUCAAAAUUUAACCGCCA